AUGUCAUAUCUAUCUAUCUAUCUAUCUAUCUAUCUAUCUAUCUUUAUAUAUAUAUAUUGGACUAUGUUCAGAUCUAUCUAUCUAUCUAUCUAUAUAUAUAUAUAUAUAUAUAUUAGGCUAUUCUUUUCAUAUCUAUCUGAAUAUUUUCAUAUCUAUCUAUCUAUCUAUCUAUCUAUCUAUCUAUCUAUCUAUCUCCCACUGUUCAUAUAUAUCUACAUAUCUGCUAAUGUCUAUCUAUCUCAGUCUGUUAAUAUCUAUCUAUCUAUCUAUCUAUCUUCAGGGACAUUAUCUAUCUAUCUAUCACAGUCUGUUAAUAUCUAUCUAUCUAUCUAUCUCAGUCUGUUAGAAUCUAUCUAUCUAUCUAUCUAUUUACAGGGACAUAUCAAUAACUGUUUUAUCUAUCUCAGUCUGAUAAUAUCUGUCUCUGUAAAUAACUAUCUCCCUAUCUCUCUCAAUCUGUUAAUAUCUAUCUAUCUAUCUAUCUAUCUAUCUUCCUCUGUUCAUAUCUAA